AUGAGUCAUCCCUGGAAGCCAUCGCUCUACCGCACGCACGACGUGCAGACGCCCGCGCCGGCAUCGGACACGGUGGAUGAGCUGAUCGCAGCCGUGCGCUCAUGCACCACACGCCUCCACUCACAGCCGUAUAACCCUGCGCUCUGGACUGAGCGUGCAGCGUAUCAUCUACGGCUGAACUACCCAGAGCUAGCGGUCGGCGAUGCAUAUAAAGCCAGAUUGCUGUUCGACCGCAUAGACGCAGCGGCAGACGAUGAUGGAGAAUUCAGCAAGAGCAAUGGGAAUGCGUUGGGAAAUGAGAGUCGUGAUGCAAACGAGGAGUGCCGUCUGAAGGCGUACACGAUCCUAGGCCAAGGACUCUACGACUGCCAUUGCCACUGGGAGUGCUUCGAGUUCUGGCUAUCGUUGACGCGAGCUGAACAGUACCCGCGCGUCUCUCGGCUUGCGUUCACAAAAGCCAAUGCGCUCAAGCAACUGCUGGCGCAGAAGAAGCAGGCUGCAGCGCCGUAUGGAGGGACGCAGCAGCAGCAGAGAGAUAGAGUGAGGGAUGGAAGCGUCGUCAGUGUGCACUACCCGUGGAUGGAGGAGCGACACCUCGCCAGGAGCGCUGGAGUCGUUGCGUGUGUGGACGAGGAGUUGAGGAACAAUGUGCAGCCACGGGCGUGUCGAGUGGGCAAGAGUACGCUCGCGCCGACGGAAGAAGACAUGCUAGGCGUGUUUGCGGUCCGGCCCAUUCGUAAAGGCGAGUGUGUUCUCAUCGACCGCACGACGACAGCAGCAUGCAGCAGACGCCCGACCACUCCACACUGCGAGAAGUGCUACGACUCGCCCCUCUCCUCACCCAUGCGCGCAUCGUGCUGCACGGCACUCUACUGCUCCCGUGAGUGCCACGAUGUUGCAACCAAGACGUACCACGGCGUGCUCUGCGGCCAGGACUUUGCUUGGCUCCUCGCCCCGGCCUCGCAGCUCGAGGAAAACGCGUCACCGAUGCGACCGCUCCUGAUGCUGCGUUUCCUGGCCCUCUGCAUCCAGGCAGGCACGGACAAACACCCACUUGACCAUCCGCUGAUCGCACGUCUCCAACCGCUCGCCAAUCGCAACCACCUCGACGUCUUCACGCUCGGCGAGUCCGUCGCAACGCCGGUCCGAAUCCUGCAGCAGCUGGGCGUCGACGUCUUCACUUCCCUCGACCGCUUCUCCACCAUGGCCCUGCACACGCUGUGGACGCGCGUCGCGAACAACAAAGCAGGAAGCCUCGAUCCCAAGCUCGGGUUCGUGGACGCGAUAUCGCCGCUCUUGCCGCUGUUCAAUCACAGCUGCGCGCCCAACGUCGAGUACAAGAAGGAAGAGGGCACGAGCACGAUUCGAUUCUUUGCGCUCCGGGAUGUUGCGCAAGGGGAGGAGAUGUUCGAUAGCUAUCGCGAUGUGGAGGAGCUGGAGAGGGAAGAGAGGGUGCAGCGCUUGUGGCCGUGGUUCGAGGGCGCGUGUUUGUGCGCGAGAUGCGAGAGGGAGGCCACGGCAGGGAUGGAAGUAGAAACGUGA